AUGUCUACCGAUUAGUUCCUGAGGAGUGAUCAAAGGCUUGUACGUGUACAGAUAUAAGAUCAAAGGCUUGUACCUGUUCGGGUCUAAGCGCAGAUACAGGUUUAGUACGAAUAUCAAGAAUAAGAUAUUGAAUACACAGGCAGGAAAUUGAAUUAUGAAUUGAAGAAGGGUCCGAUUGAAUAUAGAUAACUCAAAAAUCGCAGAUAUCUCGUUGCUUUUGUGGCGAUGUGGGCCGCGAUAUUAGCUUUUUCAAUAUCGUCCAUUGGGAAAGGAAAUCUAUAGGACAUGUUUAAGCCAUAUGAUAGUUAAAAUAGAUAAUGUGGAAAUGGUGAUCUCAUUAACUACCCUUUUAUAUAUAUGAUAAAUGAAGUAGAUUACUAUUGUGUUUAUACUUGUCCCACAAAAGAUGAUCUUGGCAAACCACUUCCUUGCUUCCAAUGUCCUUCAAUAAAAACACCUUAUCCCUCCAGAAAAUAUCGCACCAUGUGUCAACCGACAUAGGAUGCAGAUCCUUAAUACAAAAAGCUGGCUUAGGGAGAAUAUAUCUUUGACAUGUUUAAAGAUUAUUCUAUAGACAUCAGAGAAGGACUGCCAAUAAUUUUGGGUUCAAUCGGAUUGAGUUUUUUUUUUUCUUUUUCCAUAUUACUUUUGAUGAGAUCUUCACCAGGAUUCGUAGUUUGGGGAAUAAUUUUUAUCAUUUUCCUGCUCUUUGAAACGGUAGGAGGGGUUUCAUUAUCAUUAUAUUACGGCUAUAGAGUUGCCUAUAUACCUAUAUAUGAAGACGGUAACCCUAUAACUCUAUUAAUUGAGGGUUAUGGGAGUUGUUGUGUUGGGGUGAUUGUAGUAAUUGUAGCCCUCUGUUUGACUAAAAAGAUCAGAUUAGCUAUUUGCAUAAUGAAAGCAGCUGCCACUUUUGUAUCUUAGGAAUUUCCAAUAGCUUUAGUUCCACUACUUAUGUCAACCUUGGUACUUGGAAUGAUCGCAUACUGGGCAAUAUUCUCAACUCUGAUCUAUGCAGCUAACACCGAGGCAAAGAAGGAAAUAGAUGAUCCUUAUGUUUAAUUUGAAACAGAUAAAAAAUCCGAAACUAAAUUACUUAUCCUUGAAGUAGGGAUAAUGUGGACUGUAUGUUAUUUAACUGCACUUACUAAUUUUGUUGUCGGCACUUCUUGUUGCUAUUGGUAUUACAGCCAUUAGGGUAAUUCAAGGAAAGGUAGUAUUUAGAAAGGUUUUCGUAAUGGAUUAUCGUAUAAUUUUGGUAGUCUUUUAUAUGGCGCAGCAAUUUUUCCUCUUAUUUGGGCAAUUAAAAAAGCAUUAUCAUAAUACGUUAAACUUUAUAAAUCUAUAGCGGUCCUUGCUUAGUAUAACAUGUGUUACUGGCUUUAAUUUUUAUACUGCAAAUGCUACGUCAAAUUUUUCGAUAAAGUAAUUAAAUUCUUGGAUAAAAAUGUAUAUAUAAUAAUGGCAUUAACCGGAGACGACUUUUGUACUUCUGCACGUGAUGCCUUCUAUCUUAUUUAUCGAAAUCAAGGUCGUGUGGCUUUCACACAAGGAGUGGGUGCGAUUUUUCAAAUUUUGAGUGUUCUCUUUAUCGUGUUAGCUUCCACCUCAAUUUGUUUCUUUAUCAUGCUUAGUGAAUAUUUUACUUUUAAGGAUUCCAAUUUCAUCUUAGUUCUCAUUUAAGUUAUUUCCUAUUUUAUUGCUCAAAAUUUCAUGUUGUUAUAUGGGUAUGGAGUUGAUACUAUAUUGUUCUGUUUGAUUGUUGAUAUCGAAUAGAAUAUAAACGAAGGAGGUGCCAAAUCAAUACCACCAGUCCUUAAAAAAUAUGCCUCAGAAUUAUUUUGAAUUUGAUAAACCAUAUAUAAAUAUAUCUACAGUA